AUGGAAAAACGACUGGAAUCGUAUCAUUCACUUCGUGCGGAGCUGUAUCAGAUCUUCCAGCAGUUCUAUCCACUUACAGAACUCAUGUACAUAGAAUGGAUCAAUGAUACAAGAGCUACGACGAAAGGUGAGUCGAUCGCGAAUCUCAAGACACUCUAUGAACUCGCUCGACGUGAUUAUUCGUCCGUCUCAAUUACAUUACAAUAUCUACGAUUUCUUAACGAAUAUGGAGAUCAACACGAGCUUGAACGUGCAAUCAAGAGAGAGCUCAAGACACUGGGUACGCACUUUGCACGAGGUCAUGAAGUCUGGGCUUUAUGUCGGGAAUUAACGGCUGAAAAAUACCAAGAAAUGGAGCAGCGACAUGAGAUUUUAGUGCAGAAAGAGAAGGCUAUUCGAGACCUCUUUUACAAGCAAAUGCAGUUGCCUUUGGAUCAGAACGAUCUCGUCAUGUCGGAGUUUCGAGCGUGGGAUAUGUACAAUUCACUUGAUACUGAAGCAUCGGGAGUAGUGUUCGAAGAGGCUUCAAAACUACAGAGUAAGGUGUUUGCACCUUUGAUGAAGAAGCUCCGUAGAUUUGAAGCAAGGAUUUGUGCGAUAUCUGGGACGGAGGAUGUUGCAGCAUUGGAACAGGCUUGGCAGCAAUAUUUGAACUUUGUCAAACACCGUGUUGCGCCGUUAAUGGCGAGUCAAAAGACAGAUUUUGUCAACGGGAGACACAUUGUGGUGGGUCUGUACGAGCGCGCAAUAUCAGCCUUGUGUCUGAGUCCCACGCUUUGGGCAAAUUAUCUUGAAUACUUAGAGUUUGACCAGAUGGAUGCUGAUGAAGAGGCCGAGAUAGAUUGUGGAAAGUUGACAGUUGCGCGGAAAGCUGUACGAAAUGUGCCAUUUGACUCAUCUGUCUGGGUCGAGUUGUUGGUCGAGAUGGAGCGGAAGGAGGACAAACCUGUGCAGAAGAUUUCGCAAUUCAUACGAACAAACUUACUAGCGCGUUCAAGCCCGCCUAUGGAUCAGUUUCACUCGUUACGCGUAUUGUUUGCAUGGUGCGACGCGAUACGCCGUAGCGUCUCCAGUGGUAUAAGUGGAAAGUUAUCUGACGACAAUGUGCAACAGGUGGAGUCGUUAGUUGGUGGAGUUUUUUCCGAGUGUGAGCAAUUUAUUAGUAAGAUUUUUCCGGACUUCGUGGAGGGCAAGAUUCGGCUGGCGGAGUACCAAGCAAAAUGUUACUGGGCACUGAUGCCACCCGUUGAAGCUCCAAGGUGUGCUUUUGCAGAAGCGACAAAAGUAUCUAAGCUGAAUGAGUUAUGGGAAAAGACGCUUCGUUCCCCUCUUGGGAACCAGACUGCGACAUGGAUUGCCUAUUUGAAGUCUAUUCGACGCAUGAAUGCAUACUCAACCGACAUUGUCCGCACGCUGGUCUUUGACAAGGCUGUGCAGCGUGUUACGGAUGCCCCGGCUGUUUUGGCUGAGACAUGGCUUGUCUUUGAGCGCGAAAAUGGAGAUUUGAAAAAUUAUCUGCGCGCACGACAAUAUCACGCGAAGCACUAUGCAAUCACGCAAGGUAUUGCGAUUCAAGGUGCUACCCCUAUUCCAACUUCAAUGCCCGAUGAAGGAGACAAAAAGACUAAAUGUGCCAAGAAGCGUAAGGCUGCUACUGAAGCAAAGCAGAUUAAGGGGUUACAGACGCAAUUGCCCACAAAGCGUGCUAAGCUAGAUGCUAACAACGUCAGAGGAGACACUACUGAUAGCAUGGACGUUAAUGUGAUCAAGACAACGAAAAGAGCAGAGAAGAAAAAAGUGCAUGAGAAGUUAACAAACGAUCACACGCUCUUUUUGUGCAACGUGUCGAAGGAUGCAAGCAAAGAAGAUAUUGAGGAGAUGUUCAACGAUAUUCCUACCUUGAAGGAUGUUCGGCUUGUUACGAAGACGCGCGGCGACCGAGUCAAGUCACGCGGGAUGGCAUAUGUCCAGUUUACCGACGACAAUGGCGUUGAGACCGGACUCAAGAAGGAUGGGUGUUUGCUUCACGGAAUCCCGUUGCGUGUCGAACGCUCGAAACCGCCAGUAACCUCCACCUCUACAGGCGCAGUACAAUCAUCAUUACAAGAAGCUGGUGGGUUCUGGAAAACCGAUCCAUUAACGCUAUAUGUUGGCGACCUGAACCGCGAGGGGUCGAAGGAACAAGUAACUGAGGAGCACCUGCAGACUUUGCUUCAGCAGGCAAUGCACUCGGCGGGUGAGCUUGUCGUGGUCAACCGUGUGUGUAUUCUGAAAGAUCGUCAUGGCAAGUUAAAGAACUAUGGGCUCGUGGAAGUCGCCAAGCCUUCACAGGUUGCAUUUUGUCUACGCAAUGUGGCUGCUUUGAAAGCAAAACUGGGUGACCAAGUGACUCUAAAGCCUUCUCGCUUUUCGAUUGCGCAUGUCCUAGAACAACAGAAGAAGCAGCAAAAGCAGAAGCCACAGCGGAAAACAAAUACCACGUCUUUUAGCAACCAAGAUGGAGCAGCUACAAAGGAAGGAGCUAACGCAGCGCAUGCACGACCGUCUACGCGCCUUGCUUUAUCAUCAAGUGGGUCGAUUACAAGCUUAAUGCCACGAGCAUUACGUCGGAAGCUGGCGACAAACGUGGCCAAAGCAUCUAAAACAGAGGUGCGAGCUGAUGAUGCACCUGUGAUACCCAAGAGCAACGAGGAUUUCCGUAAAAUGCUGUUCAAUCAGUAA